CCUGCAGCCCUCAUUCACAUGUCUUUAUCAGAGGUCUGCGCCGAUAAUCCUCUGAAAUCCCGGUCAACAGAGGCGGAGCGAGCUGCGCGUUGCAGUUUCCCCCCUCCGUCCGUGUGACAGGGAUCUGUUGUGGCGGGCUGCGAGGAGCGCACGGACGGGUUCGGGCGGCGCGAUGCGUCUUUUUGGCUUCUUCGCGGGGCAGCUGCCUGCGUGAAACGCUGCGGUCAGGGAGGGAGCCGAUGCGCCUCUGGCCAUGACCGGAUCCAGGAAGCAAAGCUUUCAGGCGGCGCUGGUCUUCUUCUACGCCGUGCAGCUGACUGCAGGUCUGAAGUGUGUGUGCCUGCUCUGUGCCAACCACACCUGCGAGACGGCUGCAGACGGGGCCUGCUGGAACUCCGUCAUGUUGAUCGACGGGAAGGAGGAGACGGUCAAAUCCUGCCUGUCGCCCUCCGAGAUGAAGGGCCAGGUGUUCUGCUACAGUUCCAGAAAUGUCUCCAAGAGGAACUGUUGCUUCACCGACUUCUGCAACAACGAGACUCUACACAUUUACCCAGAGAGGCCUUCGGAAGAGCCUGGCUGGAGCCGGUUGCAACUCACAGUGGUGAUCCUGGUGCCCUGCUGUCUGCUGUGUGUGGGGAUCCUGCUCGGCGUGUGUGCUGUCCAGGGCCACCGUUGUGCCUACAGUCGAACCCACAAGCAAGACCCAGAAGAGCCUCUGGAUGACCAGAUGUUGAUGUCUCCUGAUAAAUGUCUUAAAGAUCUGAUUUAUGACAUGAGCACUUCCGGCUCAGGAUCAGGGCUUCCUCUCCUGGUCCAGAGAACCAUAGCUCGAACCAUUGUCCUACAGGAGACCAUUGGAAAAGGGCGAUACGGUGAGGUGUGGCGGGGGAAGUGGCGUGGAGAGGAUGUAGCGGUAAAGAUCUUCUCCUCCAGGGACGAGAGGUCGUGGUUCCGGGAGGCGGAGAUUUACCAGACUAUCAUGCUUAGGCAUGAGAACAUCCUGGGAUUCAUUGCUGCUGAUAAUAAAGAUAACGGCUCCUGGACGCAGCUCUGGUUGGUUUCAGAGUACCACGAGCAUGGCUCCCUUUAUGACUACCUGAACAGGUACACCGUCUCAGUGGAAGGCAUGGUUGUUCUGGCCUUGUCUGUAGCAAGUGGGCUGGCACACCUCCACAUGGAAAUUAUUGGCACACAAGGGAAGCCUGCAAUUGCUCACAGAGACCUAAAGUCUAAAAAUGUCCUUGUGAGGAAGAAUGGGACAGCAGUCAUCGCAGAUUUGGGUUUGGCUGUGAAACACGACUCCAACACAAACACCAUCGACAUACCGUCCAACCACAGAGUGGGAACCAAGAGGUACAUGGCGCCAGAGAUCCUGGACGAGUCAAUCAAUAUGAACACAUUUGAGUCAUUCAAGCGAGCGGAUAUCUAUUCGUUGGGCCUGGUGUUUUGGGAACUGGCCAGAAGAUGCUCCGUGAGAGGACUUCAUGAAGACUUCCAGCUGCCUUAUUAUGACAUGGUGCCUUCAGAUCCGUCCAUUGAGGACAUGAGGAAAGUGGUGUGUGACCAGAAACUCAGACCAAACAUUCCCAACCAGUGGCAGAGCUGUGAGGCUCUGCGAGUGAUGGGCAAACUGAUGCGAGAAUGUUGGUAUGCCAACUCUUCUGCUCGACUGACUGCUCUGCGAGUGAAGAAAACCGUGUCUCAGCUGUGUGCUAUCAAGGACAUCAAAGACUAGGUGGGCUUGUGGCUCUGCAGAUCGGCCGUCAUGCAGGGGGGGCCACUGCUGCAGACAGGGACAUAAGAGCCUGAGGCGGCCCUCUUCUGGACACACGCCUCAGUGCGCUUCUUCGAGCUGCUGUUGGUGCCAAAGCCUUCAGGAAGGUGCGCUUUUGUACGUGGACACCAGCUUAACCGACAUUACAACCAAACACCUGAAGCUUCAGUAGGAAGAGCCAUGCGACGUAAGUCAUGUUAAAUGUGACCGCCAUGCUACCUCAGUAUUUGAAGUGCCCACUUGACGUUGCACAUGUAUUGUGUUUUUGUGCCAUACACUGUAGCAAAUGCAGUACUGCUAAAAAAAACAACAAAAAAUAGAUUUACGGGACAAAUACUAUGAAAUAUGACAAGUACAAAGCAGAAUUUUCCAAAUACUCUAAAGAAAUUUUGCACACUUUUCUGUAAACUUGUAAUUUCUUGUGAGCUUUAUGAAAGGGAAUAUAGUCCAGUUGCAGCUGAAAUGUUUGUUUGGGUCUUUUAAAAAAAUCAAAAAUACCCAAAUGAUUUAGAUUAGAUUAUGAGUAGAAUCCCAAGCUUUCAGAUAAGGAAGAGUUGUUUUUUUUAAACUGGUGCCACAAACAUUUACUGUGGAUGAUCUGUAAAUGGUCAGAAUAAAAAGCUUUGAUUUACAUAAUAUGGCUGACCUUUUCUCCAGCAUCUUUAACUUUAGGAUUUCACAUCUAUUGACUUGUUAAUAUUUACAUAUAUUUAUGUAUUUCAUUUUCAGAGUCUAAUACAGCUGUUGCUGUUUUAUUUUCUUAAUAUAAACUUAAGUGAAGCUAUAAAUCCAAAUAUUUUGCUCAUUUAUGAACUGCUAGGAUAGUUAGCUGUUAUAUUGACAGAUGGAAUUUAAAAUAAUUGCUUCAUAACAAACUGUCUAUUAGGUUCACGUAGGCUCAUGAACUUCCCUUUUUUUAUUUUAAAAGCAGAUAUUUACAUUUAAUUAGAAGAAGAUGAAGGAAAGAACAUUUUAAAAAGCCCAACCUGGAAGAAAUGAUUGCACUAAAGGAUGUUGGGACAACAAAAUACAUAAAUACAGGUUAUAAGGAGUGGGUGCACAGUUGGAUUAUUAAUGCGUCUGUCUGCUGUGGCAGAUAAAAGCCUUUAUGUAACAGGCUCAGGGAAGGUGCAAAAGAGUAAAUCUGCACACCCACUGUGCUUGUAUGAACCAGUGAAGGUUCAGGAGUGAUGGGGUGUGCAUCUGUCAGCUUGUACUCCAUAUCAAUUUAGCUGAUUUAUCAUUGAAAUGUUUGUGAAAAUGAAUCCACAUACAUUUGUAGCCUUAAAUCCUCUUUUUUUGCAGUUACGCACUUUCAUUAAACUGCCAGAUAUCAGUGUUUGACAUGUUACAUCAGUAAAAGCGUUGUAAAUAGUUUCCUCUGCAAAGCAAGUCAUGUUCUUUGGCCUGUUUUCUUUUUUUGCAAAUAUCAGCUCCUGUGCAAGUCUCCAUGUGUUUUUCUCUCUGCAUUAGUUCUGUGAAGUAACAGUGUUGGAUUGUUACACCCCUUAAAAGUUAAAAGGAACAAAUGAAACACCCCAACAACUCAAAAACUCUCACAAACAAACCCAGGCUGACAAUAAGAUGGGAAUCUAUUUACAGGAAACUCAAAACUACAAUAAAACAACUAAAAUAAAUAAUGCACUAAAAUCCCCUCUUGUCUUAGUUGUUGAUUUUAGGCUAUAUCUAUGGUGUCAUAAUCAUUAACAAUAAUUUAAAGGAGUUCUCCUUCAGUCCUUCUCUUACAAGUGGCUUUAUUACAUAGGAAAAAAGAUGACAGCUUUUGGAAUAGAACCUGCUUCUGAUUUUCUCAACCCUCAUUAAAAUAUGUGUAUCUUUAAUUGUAUUGUGUUGUUCACACGUGGGUUUUGUGCCACUGCAGUGUAUCUUUUUCCUGCACUAUUUAUUCUGUUCAAAAUUGUGAUAUCUAUGUGGAAAUAAACACAGUUUUUCAUAAUCGA